ACAUCGACAGAUCAAGACUGAAGAGAGACGGAAGUGACGCAAACAAUCAGCAGCCUAGGCUAAGCUAAAACUAAGGCUGAAGCUAAAACUUUAAGCUACAAUUUCGCAGUCUGUAAAACCAUAUAGUUUUUGUUUUACAGAUUUCUGCUUGAUCUAAAAGUUUAUUUUCAUAUGAAGAUGCCUGAACGACAGACACAGAGGAUUGGAGCUGUGAGCACCCACUCCAGUGAUGGACUGGAGGGCUUCAAGUCUCACGCCGUGUUCCAGGAGAUCAACAACAUGCUUCAGCAGGAGGGUGAGAAGUUUGUAAAAAAGAUUGGGGGAGUCUUUGCUUUUAAAGUGACCAACGGUCCAGAUGGGCAGCAGGCCACGUGGGUUGUAGACGUGAAGAACGGUAGCGGCUGUGUUCACAAUGACACAGGUAAAAAAGUGGACUGUACCAUCACCAUGACCGACACAGACCUUCUGUCUCUGAUGACAGGGAAGAUGAACCCGCAGACAGCGUUUUUUCAGGGAAAGUUAAAGGUGACAGGAUCCAUGGGUCUGGCCUUCAAACUUCAGCAGCUGCAGCUGCAGCCUGUGAAGGCCAAACUGUAGACGCAGAGCCAGAACCAGAACCAGAAGCUGAAGGUCUGAACCAUCAACUGUUUGUCCUCAUUGUACCGUUGUUUUAGUGGACCAUGGAUUAAGCACUAACCUGAGUCAGAGAAUGAUCUAGAUUAAUAAUGGGUAAAGCUGUGGUGUUCUUGUGAGGAGCGGCUGUGACAUUCUCAUGCUCUUCUGUUUAUAAAUAUUUGUAAUAAAUACAUUACGGUCUGUGGAACACCA